AGUGAUAAAUAAUGUGACAAUAGUGACUGCGGAGGCAGUGAUGAGUCCACUCCACACCAUGGAAGCGCCAGCGAAUGCGACGUUCCUCAAGUACUUCGGAGAUUCCCUGGGCCAAUACAUCGAUCUCGAUUACUCAAUAUGGCUCUACAGGCUUCUAACGCCCCUCGUCAUCACCUUCAUGCUGCCACUGGUGUUCGUCGGACUCAUUUAUUUCACCUCAAUCUUCCUCUACAUUUACAAACUGCACAGGCGAAUCAUCAUGCAAGCUGUGUCCAGCGAUCUGGACUUCUGGGACGUGGGCAGGAAGAUCGUGUCGGCAGUGUGGGACGCGCACGCGUGGCUGUAUCACGGCUAUGAAGUGAUCGGGCUGCACCAUCUGCCCCAAGAUAGCCCGGCGCUGAUCGUGUACUAUCACGGCGCCGUGCCAAUUGACAUGUACUACUUUGUGGCGCGCGUGCUCCUGGCCAAGAACCGCCUCAUCUACACGGUGGCAGACAGGUUCCUGUUCAAAAUCCCCGGCUGGGGCAUCAUCAGCGACGCGUGCAAAGUGAGCCCGGGCACGAUUCAGUCCUGCACGGCGACACUGCGCGACGGCAAUCUGCUGGCCAUCUCGCCGGGCGGCGUGUAUGAGGCGCAGUUCGGGGACAACUGCUACGAGCUGCUGUGGAAGAACCGGAUAGGCUUCGCCAAGGUGGCGUUGGAGGCCAAAGUGCCCAUCAUUCCCAUGUUCACGCAGAACUUGCGCGAGGCCUUCCGCUCCGUGGGAAUCCUGAAGCGCUGGCUCAUCAAGUUCUACAACGCCACGCACAUCCCCGUGCGCCCCAUUUACGGGGGCUUCCCGGUGAAGCUGCGCACGUUUCUGGGGCCGCCCAUCCCCUAUGAUCCCAAAAUGUCGCCCGAGGAGCUGAAGCAGCGCACAGCGUUCGCCAUUGAGGAGCUGAUCAACAAACACCAGCGCAUUCCCGGCGGCAUUUUCCACGCCCUCCUGGAUCGCUUCAGCUUCCUGCGGAAGCGGCGGGCGAGCGACUGA